CUUUUAUCUUUCCCGCCGUUGUAUAUAAGCAGUUACGUAUUAGAGGACGUUACAAGUGAUAUCGUACAUCAGCGUUUAACGUUUGAACAUUCUGCUCUCAAAGUGCGACCCUUUCGUAACGCGAGAAAGCAUAUUCUACUCGAUUUAUAGUCUUCACCAUACGGACUUAAAAAAAUGGCAAAAACAAACCAGGGAAUUGGAAUCGAUUUGGGUACAACAUACUCCUGUGUGGGCAUUUUUCAACAUGGAAAAGUUGAAAUCAUUGCAAAUGACCAAGGCAAUAGGACCACGCCAAGUUAUGUUGCCUUUACAGACACUGAACGACUCGUUGGGGAUGCUGCCAAGAACCAGGUUGCAUUAAACCCAGAAAAUACAGUGUUCGAUGCCAAACGUUUGAUUGGUCGGAAAUGGGAUGAUCCUUCGGUGCAGUCAGACAUGAAACACUGGCCUUUCCAUGUAAUACAAGAAGGAGGGAAACCGAAAAUUAAAGUUCAGUUUCAAGGAGAAGAGAAGAGGUUUUUUCCUGAGGAGAUAUCUUCUAUGGUUCUUAUGAAGAUGAAGUCAACAGCAGAAGCUUAUUUAGGAAAGACAGUGACAAAUGCAGUCGUUACAGUACCAGCCUACUUCAAUGACUCUCAGCGCCAAGCAACAAAGGAUGCGGGAACUAUUUCAGGCCUCAAUGUUCUGAGGAUUAUAAAUGAGCCAACUGCUGCUGCAAUAGCCUAUGGGCUGGAUAAGAAGGUUGGGGCUGAAAGGAAUGUGCUGAUCUUUGACCUGGGAGGAGGAACCUUCGAUGUGUCCAUUCUCACCAUUGAGGAUGGUAUCUUUGAAGUCAAAUCUACCGCUGGAGACACCCAUUUGGGAGGAGAGGACUUUGACAACAGAAUGGUGAAUCACUUCAUUCAGGAAUUCAAAAGGAAGUUUAAAAAGGACAUUUCUGGCAACAAGCGUGCGGUUCGGCGGUUAAGAACGGCCUGUGAGAGAGCAAAGAGAACCUUGUCAUCAAGCUCACAAGCAAAUAUUGAAAUUGAUUCCCUAUUUGAAGGUGAAGAUUUCUACACUAGCAUCACAAGAGCUCGUUUUGAGGAGCUGAAUUCAGAUCUUUUCCGUGGUACGCUGGAGCCAGUGGAAAAGGCCUUGAGGGAUGCCAAGCUGGACAAGGGACAAGUCCAUGAGAUUGUGCUUGUUGGGGGAUCAACUCGUAUUCCAAAAAUCCAGAAGUUGCUCCAGGAUUUCUUCAAUGGGAAAGAACUAAAUAAAAGCAUCAACCCUGAUGAGGCUGUAGCAUAUGGUGCAGCUGUCCAAGCGGCCAUCUUGACCGGUGAUAAAUCUGAAGAGGUACAGGACCUGUUGUUGUUGGAUGUGGCGCCCCUUUCUCUAGGUAUUGAGACUGCAGGUGGUGUGAUGACAGCUUUGAUAAAGAGGAACACAACCAUUCCUACAAAACAGACCCAGACCUUCACCACAUACUCAGACAACCAACCAGGCGUGCUGAUCCAGGUGUAUGAGGGUGAGAGAGCGAUGACCAAAGACAACAACCUCCUGGGCAAGUUUGAGUUGACUGGAAUUCCCCCUGCCCCACGAGGGGUGCCUCAGAUCGAGGUGACCUUUGACAUCGAUGCUAACGGGAUCCUCAAUGUGUCAGCUGUGGACAAGAGCACAGGCAAAGAAAACAAGAUCACCAUCACUAAUGACAAAGGUCGACUAAGUAAAGAUGACAUUGAGCGCAUGGUGAAUGAAGCAGAGAAAUAUAAGCAGGCUGAUGAGGAGCAGCGUGACAGAAUCCAGGCAAAGAAUGCUCUGGAGAGUUAUGCCUUCAACAUGAAGAGCACAAUGGAGGAUGACAAACUGAAAGACAAGAUAUCAGCAGAGGACAAGAAGCUUGUUGUGGACAAGUGUACAGAGGUGAUCAGCUGGCUGGAUGCCAACCAGCUUGCUGAGAAGGAUGAGAUUGAGCAUCAACAGAAAGAGCUGGAGAAAGUGUGCAACCCAAUAGUCACAAAGCUGUACCAGGCUGGUGGUGCCCCAGGGGGGAUGCCAGGAGGGAUGCCAGGGGGUAUGCCUGGAGGUGCUCCAGGCGGAGAGGCUGGAGGGCAGCAAGGGGGUCCAACAAUCGAGGAGGUGGACUAAACUGCGAGAGAAUCAUUAAAUGGUACAAGGACACUACAACCCCUGAAUCUAGCGCUCAACUAUUCAUUGACACUGUAGACGUAGGUGUUCUCUUCGUCAAGUGAAUACUUGUAUGCAAUAUCUGGUCAAAAAUCCAAAUCUGUUGGACACCAUGACAGGGUUGUCAGUUUCAGCUAAACUCAGCCCUGUCUUUGGUUGUCUGAUUUUUUUUCUAUAAAGCUUGUGAAGUUUAGCUUUGACUGUGAGAUCUUGUGUGGUCAAGUGCCACAGGUGCUGUAUCUGACUUAGUUUACGCAGUAAUGUAUUACAUGUGUGGCAGCGUAACACAUCAUAUACAUGCCCCUUUCAUUUUCUGUGUACGUGAUGUGCUAACAGAUUUUCCUUCAGACCCUAUUAUAUCGAAGAAAGUUGAGUAUAUUUAUAAAUAUUGGUUUUAUUUGAAAUGAUACAUGUAGAUCUGUGUGUUUUUAUUUUUCCUGAGGAAAGGGCAAAGCCUUUUCCAGAUACUAGACUUUGCCUUGAAAUCAUACUCCUUUGGCAAUAACAUGAUCCAGUUACUUGUAGUCUUCUGAAUUCUUGAUAACAAUAGUUUUACCAACCCACCACAAAGAUAAGUAAAUCUGAUAGAACAGCGGUACGCUCUGCCAACAGUACCAGCUAUGCAUGAUUAUUCAUGAUCACAUCAAUUGUUCUUUAUAUAACUGGUAUUGCUAUGUGAGUAGGUUGAGGGCAUCGAGUGACGUUACAUCAGUUACAAGAUUUGCUUCCCUUUGCAGGUGCUGGUGAGCUGAAAAAAUCAGGAAUAUUUCCUCCAUUUGCUAAUUCAUAAGUUUAUUAACUUGAAGUUUUUAUUUUUUUUAUGUAUAUUAUGUGCGUGUACAGCUAUUCUGUGCAGUAUUUCAUGAUGUUGAAGUUGAGUAUUAUUUAGGCAGACUGCCUGUAGACUCCUUUGUUCAGUUUGCAGUAAUUAUCUCCGUCAAAUCUUCUAGAACUAUAGACUAUUACAGUACAGAAGCUUUAGUUGGAUAAAAUUGUAAGUAGUUCUUAAAGAUUGUCAUUUUUCAAGCAAUUACUGUUUAUCUAUUAAAGGUGAAAUCCUAAAAUUA